CCAUCACCAUCAUGGCAUCAUCAAUGGGUGUCACGCUACUCCCACUAUUCCUUGUCUUCCUUGCCACCAUCACAGCCCAUUCCCUGAACAAUAACCACCCAACAUGCUACACAGACGAAGAAGAACAUGACUCCACUCUCAAAGUGUUUCACAUUUCCAGCCAAUGUUCCCCUUUCCGACCCAAAACCCAACUCUCAUGGGCCGAAACUGUUCUCAAAAUGCAAACAGACGACCAAACCCGAUUCACCUACCUCUCGUCGUCCUUAUUAUUAGUGGCACCUGGGGGCGGGGGCAAGUCUUUUGUCCCUAUUGGGUCCGGAAGACAAAUUGUUCAAAGCCCUACUUAUAUUGUAAAGGCUAAGAUUGGAACCCCAGCUCAAACCUUGCUGCUGGCCCUUGAUACCAGUACUGAUAUGGCUAUGGUUCCUUGCAGUGGAUGUGUUGGCUGUGCUUCUUCUGCUCCUCCUUUUGCUUUUGCCAAGUCUACUACUUUUACUUCUCUUAAAUGCGGUGCGUCUCAAUGCAAACAGGUGCAAAACUCUUGCCUAGGGACCGCAUGCCUAAUGAACAUGACAUAUGGAGCCUCAUCUAUAGCCGCUAAUUUGGCUCAAGACAAUAUAACCCUCGCCACAGACACCGUUACUGGUUUCUCUUUUGGUUGCAUUCAAAAGGCUGUUGGAACUUCCCUCCCACCACAGGGUGUUUUAGGUCUAGGCCGUGGCUCACUCUCGUUGCUAUCUCAAUCCAAAAGUCUGUACAAAUCGACUUUCUCAUAUUGUCUUCCUAGCUACAAAUCACCCAAAUUCUCCGGAACCUUAAGAUUGGGACCAAUUGGCCAGCCAAAAAACAUCAAGUACACACCAUUGCUUACAAAUCCUAGAAGGCCUUCACUUUAUUAUGUGAAAUUGGUUGGGAUCAAAGUCGGACCUAAGCUCGUUAGCAUCCCUCCUAGUGCUUUCGCACUUAACCCAAACAAUGGAGCUGGCACCAUCAUCGAUUCUGGGACUGUAUUCACGAGGCUAGUGACUCCAGCAUACACAGCCGUGAGAGACGAGUUCAGGAGACGAGUGGGCCGAAAUGCUGUUGUAUCCUCGCUUGGAGGCUUCGACACAUGCUACAAAGUGGCAAUAGCUAAACAAGUCCCAACAAUGACAUUUAUCUUCGAGGGAGCAGAGUUGUCGAUGAAGCAAGAGAACUUCCUUAUCUACAGUUCCACCGGUGGGAUCACAUGCUUGGCAAUGUCGGCUUCACCGUCACUUAACGUGAUCGCAAAUAUGCAGCAACAAAAUCAUCGGAUACUUUUUGAUCUGCCAAACUCAAGGAUUGGGAUUUCUGCCGAAAGCUGUUCAUGAAUCACGUGAUGUCGGUCAUGGGUUUCAGAUUUAAGAUUUGUCUUGAUGUUUUUUGUAUUAGUAUGUAUUGUCAUCACAUGGGCUUUGAAGCAAAGCUGCUUUACUUUAAUAUGCUAUGUAAACGUAGUAGGUAAUUUCUGUUCUGUAUGAGAAUUCCAUGCUCUUAAAAUCGACUAUAUAUUUGGGAGCUUUUCAGACAUUAUACAGGAAUUAUGCUAAAAUAUAAUGUCAUAGUUUUUAUUUUUA